UGUUAACAUUUCCUAAUUGCAGCAAGCCAUCGAGAGCAAGCUGGUUCCUGCGCAUGAGUGGUUGCUAGAUCCUAAUGCGAUCCGCGGCGGAGUGGGUGAGAAAGCGAUUCGCUCGAUCCUCGAGUACGCGCUGCGCGUCGCUGACCGAUGCUCACCAGAGGGCGCUGACCAGAUCCGCAAGACCGUCGGCAACAUCAGCACGAUGACCGACACGCUGGCUGACCUGCGCGCUCAGGGCAAGGGCACGAGUCCGCAGGCGCUGGCGCUCGCCAAGAACAUCGACUCGAGCCUCCUGAAGCUGAACCAGCUCGUGCAGCAGGCGAUUAGCAACAGCGAGAAGAGCGGCGUCGAGCAGCCGGCGCACACCGUCUUCGGGCGCGUCGAGCAGGCGCAGAAGUGGCUGCGCAACCCGCAGUACGAUGACAGGGGACUCGGUUACCAGGCAACGACGAUGGUCGUCGAAGAAGGUCGCAAGGUCGCGCAGGGUCUCGCGGGACCGGAGCGCGGUGAGCUGCUGCGUACCUGCGACGAGGUAGAGCAGCUAGCCCACCAACUACGCGACCUCGUCAGGAGAGGCCAGGGUAACAGUCCCCAGGCACAGGCAACAGCAAGGCAGCUUGGGUUCAAGCUGAAUGAACUCAAGGACAGGAUACAGAGUGCGCUGGUGCAGCAGGUUGUUGGGGAUUUUGCUGACAUCACGACCCCACUGAAACAGUUCACCGACGCCGCUCUGGCUCCGGAGAGCAAGCCGAACAGAGUUGCCGACUUUGAGGACAAGGCCAACCGACUGACCAACUAUGCAACGAACGCAUCUCAGACAGCCUACAUGGUCGCGGCCGCUGGCGGCUGCAGAGACAAGAAGACCGUGGAGGCCCUUAACCAGGCAGCUAGACAGGUGUCUGACCUGACCCCACAACUUAUUAACGCUGGCCGCAUUCGCCUGAUGUACCCUGCAAACAAGUCGGCGGAUGAGCAUUUUGAGAUGCUGAGGAAGCAGUAUGCGGACAGCCUAACGCAGAUGAGAAACCUCGUGGAUAUUGCCAUCGACACACCAGCUUUUAUCAAGGCUACAGAGGACACGAUCCUGCGGCACACGGCGCAGUGCGAGGAGGCGGUGAAGCGCAACCAGCAGCCGCACUUCGUCGAGAACACGUCGAACAUCGCGCGGCUCGCCAACCGCGUGCUCAUGGUCGCCAAGCAGGAGUCGGACAACUCUGAGGACCCGUCCUUCAAGGAGACGGUGGACGGCACCUCCGACGACCUCAACAGGGCCAUUCAUGGAAUGGUUCAGGGAGCAACUGGACUCGCACCAAAUCUUCAGAACCCAGCUGCCGCCACCCAGUGGAGAGGAGCCAAUAAGGGGCUGAUCACCUCUGUGGGCAACGUCCGAAAAGCCAUCACCGUCUACCCAGAUGAGCCGGAUAUCAGCCAGCUGUCCAUGAGCGGCCGGCACGCCGCCGCCGCGCCUAAGCCGGCGCCCCCGCCGCCGCCACCGAAACCGCAGGAGAGCGGCAUCAGCGAGCAGGACCUUGACAGUCUGUUAAAUGUUGAUUUCAAUGCGAUGUUUGACCAGUCGGAUCUGUUGGAGGACAGGCCGAAGAACCGCAGAGUAAAUAUCUCUCAGAGACCACCUCAACGACGAACCUACCAGGAAGCACGGGAGAGGAUGAGAGCUGACAGUGCACCCGCCCCUCCUCUGCCACCGCCUCCACAGCAUGUGGCUAGCAGGCCUAAGCAAGAAGCGCCCAUAACGGCUGGACAUGCCCAAGGCCACCAAGCAUCCCCCCAAAUAUACCACGGAUAUGGCCCCGACUAUGGCAAAGAACAAGACCAGUAUGCGCCGCGUGUAAUACACAAAGAUCAGGGAUAUUACUCUCAGAAUUAUCCAUCCUAUGCGAGCUACCAUGAAGACUCGGCCGCGCCGCCGCGGCCACCACCACCAGGGGGAGCUUUCCCGCCACCGAGACCGCCGCCGCCGGAGACUGACGAUGAGGAUGAGAUGGUGCAUUUCCCUGCCCCGCAGGCGAACCAGCCCAUCAUGAUGGCAGCACAUUCACUCCAUCAAGAAGCGAAGCAAUGGUCGAGCAGAGACAAUGAGAUCAUUGGUGCAGCAAAACGCAUGGCCAUUCUGAUGGCAAGACUCAGUCAACUCGUAAGAGGUGAGGGUGGUUCCAAGAAGGACCUGAUCGCUUGUGCCAAGGCCAUCGCUGAUGCUUCCGAGGAGGUGACAAGGCUUGCCAAGGAGCUGGCACGUCAGUGUACGGACAAGCGUAUGCGAAUGAAUCUGCUACAAGUGUGUGAGCGAAUCCCAACGAUUGGAACACAGCUGAAGAUUCUGUCUACAGUGAAAGCCACUAUGCUUGGUGCACAAGAGAUGAUGCCAUUGAGUCCAGAUGGGAGUGAGAUAACUGGCGAUGGUUCCGAGGAAGACCAGGAGGCGACGGAGAUGCUGGUGGGAAAUGCCGAGAACCUCAUGCACUCGGUCAAGGAGACGGUGCGAGCGGCCGAGGCCGCCUCCAUCAAGAUACGCACGGACUCCGGCUGCAGGCUGCGCUGGGAGCGCAAGCCCGCAUGGUACCACUAAUUAUCGGCGACGACGCCUCGCCUCGUCUCGCGAGCAGUGACGAAGCACGACCGAGCGAACAACACCGACACGGACAACACACGUAUUCUACUCGAUGCCAGCGGUGCCGAAGUUGAGAUGUCAAGUGAUAACAUCCAGGCAGGCAGGCAGGCAGGCAGGCAGGCAAGCAGGCAGGCAGGCAAGCAGGCAAGCCAGCAGGCAUGCCGUCAGGC